UUAAUCAAGCAGGUGGCUGUGGUUAGUGGAGCUUCUUUUCUGUUUUGCAUAUGGUAGAAUACAGUGGAGUUGAUUUUUAAAGGAAUCCUGUAAUUUUAGCUGUUUUAUUGAUCACUUCACUGAAGAACUGAGCAUCUGGAGCCAUCUUGAUUUCAUUUAUUUCAGCCUGCUGAUUGCUUAUAGAAUAGUGCAGAGAAUUCAAAACCCUGAAGAUCAGCAGUGAUCAUGCUGAGAUUUGGGCAGCACCUCAUCAAGCCCUCUGUGGUGUUCCUGAGGACGGAGCUCUGCUUUGCUCUGGUGAACCGCAGGCCAGUGGUGCCGGGACAUGUCCUUGUGUGUCCUCUGCGGCCGGUGGAGCGUUUCCGUGACCUGUGUCCCGAGGAAGUGGCUGAUUUGUUCCGCACGGCACAAAGGGUUGGAAAUGUGGUGGAGAAACAUUUCCACGGCACCUCGCUCACCUUUUCCAUCCAGGAUGGCCCUGAAGCUGGACAAACAGUGAAGCAUGUUCAUGUCCACGUGCUGCCAAGGAGGGCUGGAGACUUCAGCAGGAAUGAUGAUGUCUACGAGGAGUUGCAGCGACACGACAAAGAUGAUUCCCCUGACAAGUGGAGGACAGAAGAAGAAAUGGCAGCUGAAGCAGAAAUUCUGAAGAAGUAUUUCCAGGAAAAUUAGAGGUAACAAAGUGUUUGGAACACAUCCCAUGACACCAGAAAGUCCCCAGAAAGAACGACCUCAUUCUCCAGUUCUCAGUGGCCCUGGAGCUGCAGUUUGACAAUUUUAUUAUGUUCUACAAAUAUGGGAUUCUUCCAUGAAAAAUUUUAUUGGACCUUUGGAUAUCAUCAAGGUUGAAUUCCAGCUAAGACAACUAAACAGCACUGGUUCAAAAUAUUGCUCUGAAUUGUAACUCAUAUUUUUCUGAAUUGUGUACUUGGGAAUGAAUCUUUUUAAAUUGUCCCUUGGCCUAAAUAGAAAUAAAGUGCCAGGAAAAUCAGGUAGCUACUGUGUUUAGGUACAUUAUAAAGUGCUUACUCCA